AAAGAACACAUCUAUGUCAAAGAGGGGGAAUCAGCCCUAAUGGUUUGGGGGAGAACAUCUGGUGGUGAAGAGCUACGUGGCAACCGCCUUGUGGUAAAUUCACAAGUCAUUGCAUACUUGCCCAGAAAUUCCUUAAACAUGAGUUGCAGCCCAUUUAUAAAAAAUUCAAGUCUGGAGGAACUCUGCCACAAGAGAUUAGAAUUCUUCAGCAACACAACUACUAUUCUUGUAAAGUUAAGAAAUCUCUCAAGUGAUGAACAUUGGAAUUUCACUCUGACACAUGUGUUGGGGAGCUCAUCACCAUGUAAUCCUCAAGACAUCAAAAUUGUGAGAGUCAUUGCACCUUCCCCUGUAGUGUUAAGUACUGUAUCAGCAGUUGCUAACAAUACUGUCAGGAAACUGAUCUCAGAAACAACAGUUUCAGUGAGGCCUAUGUCUUCAAGUGCUCACAUCAACAGUCCAUCUUGUAGCUCAACAACCUUAGUAAUUCCAUCCCCAAUCAGUACAACAGUAGCUGGUACCUCUUUAAGAGGUCAAAAGACUAUCAGGCCACCAACUACAGGUAUGGCAAAAUUGUGUUAAGUGGGUUUAAUCUUCAUUACAACCUCUGACUACUAACUAAAGAGAGAUAAUUGUCAAUGAAUGCAUUUCAGGAUUUCAUUCAGUUUUAUGGCAGUAACUCAGACAGAGAGGUGAUGAAAAUAGUUGCUUGAGAAAUUAUCAACCUGAGAAUUUUGAAUGAUGACUCACAAGAAACAUGUGGGAGAUGGGAUGGCUUGUCAAUGGUUAGAGCCUGAUUGGUCAUUGUGUUGUGUUCUUGGGAAAUUUUCCCAAGAACACAAAACACUUUACUCUCGUGGUAUUUACUGGUAAUGUCUCCAUCCAUCCAGGUCUAUAAAUGGGCACAUUCAAACCUUGAUUAUCCAGUCCUUGAUAAUGCAGAUUUUUGGAUAAUCCAGACUUGGUUCUCA